UUUUGAUCUGUGCCGUACCACUGUACCAACCCGCUGCUGCUUAUCCCAUCGCUGUCGUGUGCUGUCGAGUUAGCUUCUCAUGCCACUGCUGUAUGAUUUCGUAUGACGAGUGGAUUAGAGGAGAUGGGCGGAGAGGGAAAUUUUGGGAUGCAUGCCGUGCUAGGAUCUACUAUGCAGGAGGUAGGGCAGGAGCUGGUAGUAGGCCGCGUCGGUUCUCAGUCAAGUCCCAAAGGACGCAACAGCCCCUGGGAGAGUUUUUUCUUGCAAAUAACUGCGCCAAUAGAUGGGAUUCGCCCGAGACGGUGCUCUAAGGAAGAGUUUAGGCAUAACACCGGAUUAAGAGGUUUAACAAUCGGUCAUGGUUAACCUGACCAUAAAACUUCAGAAGCUAAUCCUACAAAGAUAACGAACUCGAUAAUGCAGGCUGGUCAUGAUUGUACUGAUCACUGAGUUAACUAUGUUUUUAGGAUUGGUUUCUUUUGUUUUAUCUUCUGGGCAAUCGUCGUUGCUAUGCCAUCAGGGUUGAAUAGGUUGACGACAACGCACUUGUUAUUGAUGAACACAAUGAUUAAAGAGAACCAACCUGCUUCUGUUCAUUUCUGCUACACCGUUUCUACUUGUUUGCGUGUAGAACCAUUCUUGAGCCUGAAUGGUACUACUUUUCUUGUUUUUUGUCUUUUUUGUUCUUAUGAAAAAUCUUUUGUUCAUUUUAUUAUAUACAUGCUAGAUCACACCUCACGAGGAUCACCUUUGAAUCAUGCUAAGUUACGAAGUUGGCAAUACCUUUGAAUCACCUUCGCCCCUCCCGCGUGCUGAACAUGUGCAGGUGGGCUUGUUGCUCCAUGUUCUGCAGCUGCAGGCGCAUCUUCAGUUUACUGCCUGUUUUUGCUAAGCAAUGUGCCAAUGGAAGCAUGCAUGGUUUGGCUAUAUGAAGUUCAUCAAAUCAUAAAAGAGUGAAUAGGUGUUGGCUUUAGAGUGCUAGCUCAUAUACUCUAGCAGGCGAAGCACGUACGUGCAAGCUAACUUCAACAAAGCAGACUAGUAGCUUAAUUGAUUCUUUGUUAGCUAGCAGUACUCGGAUGACUAACUGACUGUGUAUUUGUACUAGUAGCUAGCAGUACUCGGACUAGUAGCUAGCAGUACUCGGAUGACUAACUGACUGUGUAUUACAAUUGCUGGGUGCACUUAUGAUACACUUAGUGUGCCACCUCCAGAUGACCAACUGACUGUGUAUUUGUACUAGCACGUGCCGACGAAGCAGGAAAACAGAGUUGCGGAGAGCAGCAGCUCACCAUCGUGGUCAGGGACCGACCGUUCGAGAGUAGACCGCGGAGACGUGGAGUUCAGUCCAGGCAGUUCCUUUCACGUAGAUUUUGCUGGUUGUGGCAUUGCUUGAAUUUGGGUUAUUGGAUAGCUGGAGCUGCGUAGGAUUUCUUCUAAUUUACUACAGGAGACGAAGACCACGCUUCAUGAAUUCAGGGCACCCCCGAGGUGGUCAUGUGGGAUCCUCUCGAACAGCUCGUGCUCGCUAUCAACUUCGAUGGCAGGGUCACCCGCUCCAUCGGCCCCCUCUCCGGCGGGAUGUACUACUCGGAUUUCAUCCCCUACGUCAACUCAUACACAGAGAUCUACAUCUGGGUACAACUACAGUUGCAAAAUCAUCCAGCCAAAUUUUGGGAGGAUGGCAUAAAAGAUUACAUAACCCAUGCUUUUGAAAUCAUGGUAUUCUAUUUAUGCUCCAUUCCGAAAUCUAUUGUGCACUGCCAAGUCCAUGAGGCGAAGCGCUCACUGCUCGACUAUUUCUUUACUGAACUGGGAGCAACAAAGGAGAGUUAUGUGCUGAUUUUUUUGAAGAAGCUGGAAGUCCAAGACAACGACUUGCUUUAUAUGUUUGUUGUAAUGCCGUAUUUUCUGGGAAUUUGGAUGUACUGUUGAUCUUGCUGAGAAUUUGGUGUAUAUUUGCUUGCUGAACUUAUUAUUCAAAUGCUAGAAUAUAUGUACAAAUCCUUGGAAUUUUAUUGUAUGUAUUUUAGAAAUGUAUUCUUGGAUUGAAAGUGGUCAAAAACAGAAUAUAUUGGUAUUGAAUUUGGGUUGAUUCUA